ACCCGCAUUCGAGCAAGCAAGCCAGCCAGCCACCUCAAAUGGCUCCUCCGAAAUACCUCACGGGCGACAAAGCCGGUAUCGAGUCAUUCAUUGACCAAUUCGAUACAUUCCUCUUUGACUGCGACGGCGUCCUCUGGUCCGGCGACCACCUAUACCCGAAAGUCCCCGAGACGAUAGCCCUCCUACGACAAAAGCAGAAACAAUUAAUUUUCGUCACCAACAACUCGACCAAGUCGCGGGCCGAUUACAAGAAGAAGUUCGACAAAUUGGGUAUUGAAGCGUAUGAAGAGGAAGUCUUUGGAUCGUCGUAUAGUGCUGCAGUGUAUAUUGCUCGCAUCAUGAAAUUGGCCGCUCCGAAGAAUAAAGUCUUUGUAUUGGGAGAGAGUGGGAUCGAACAAGAAUUGCGGGCGGAAGGUGUGCCGUAUAUUGGGGGUACAGAUGAGAACUUGCGAAGGGAGAUGACCGAGGAAGAUUUCUCACGAAUCACGAGUGGAGAGGCGUUGGAUGAAAAUGUGGCAGUGGUGUUGUCUGGGUUGGAUUAUCAUCCGUCGUAUUUGAAGUAUGCCUUGGGAUUUGCCUAUGUGCGGAAGAAUGGAGCGCAUUUUUUGGCGACGAAUAUUGAUUCCACGUUGCCGCAUUCGGGAUCGUUGUUUCCUGGCGCGGGGAGUAUGGUUGCGCCGCUUGCUACUGCGACGGGAAAGGAGCCUUUGGCUUUGGGGAAGCCGAGUCAGGCUAUGAUGGAUGCUGUGGAAGGCAAGUUCAAGUUCGAUAGGAAGAGGACCUGCAUGGUUGGGGACAGACUGAAUACGGAUAUUCAGUUUGGAAUUGAAGGAGGAUUGGGAGGUACCCUUGCUGUGUUGACAGGAGUCACUCAGAAGGAAGACCUGUUGGCAGAAGGGGCGACUGUGGUGCCGAGUGCAUACGUCGAUCAGCUGGGUGAUUUGAUGGGAUGAACGCGGUCAUGAGAAACGUGUACUGUAGGUACUGUGAGAAUAGAAUCUAUAGAGAUAAACCAGGCCUCCGAACAGGCACUCC